ACAACAAGGCUUUGAUAGGCAGAGACAGACAGAUAGGCAGGCAGAAGAGCAACAGAGAGAGAUUGACCAAAAGAGAAAGAUAAAGAGAUUGGAGAAUAUUGGGGGAAAGAAGCAGCCCAAAAUGAACACAAAAGAAAAGGAACAAAGGAUGGAGGAGGUGAGACAGAGAGCCUUGGAGAGAACACGUCAAGGUGAGAAGGAGAACUACCUGGAGACAGUGCAGAGUGAAAAAGCCCUGAAGAGCUGGGAUCCUGCCGUGUCUGUGCCAGUGCCACGGCUCAUUAACUGCAAGCCAAGACCCAAAGCUGACAUAGAACUUGACUGCUGCCUUCACAAUGAGGACCUGAGCAGUGACCCCAUCCAACACCAAGCUCAUGAGCCUGAGAUCAUUCCUGAGUGGGAGAUCCUAGACAUUGAAAUGGAUGAGAAUGAGAGUGUGGAUGUGGAGGUGACCUACAAAGGUAGAAUCAUCCCUUACAUUGAGAUACAGGAGGCUAAGCACAGGCUCUUCGAACAGGAAGAGGAGGUGAAACGCAAGGCCCCAGAAGAGUCCUUCGAAGCCCAGCAGAGUAAGCAUUUGGCACAGCUGCAGAGCAACCCGAAGAAGUUCCUCAUGGCAGAAGAGGAAGAAGAGGGGACCAGUGAGCUUCCAGCGGGAUUCAACUGUUCCUCCCCCCUCAGUAAUAAAGAAAGACAACCAAGUUUCCAGCAGGAGAGAAAAAACCUCACAAAGGAAGAGGUUCACCAACCUCCCAAGAAGAAUAAAAGCAAGCGCCGACAACUGAUUGGCUGGAUUAAUGGGAUGGUUAAGGAGAAAUAUCAGCAGGGAAUUGAACGCACCUACUACAAUGAGGAGCACAAAGGAGACAAGGAAGUGUACAGCUGGUGUCUGGGAGACUAUGUUACAGUGAACCGUGCAGAGUGGGAAGAUAAGAAGAGGACCAAGCUCAUGAAGGCCGAAGCACAGCGAAGGAAGGCUGAGUGCCAGUGGUUGGAGUGGGAGAAGUCAAAAGGGGAAAAGAAACAGAUUAAGAAGAUGCAGAGAGGACCAAAGGCUAUUGAAGAUGGGGGAAAAAACAUCAAGAGUGUUGUUGAUAUUAUUUCUUCAAAAAUAGACCGGGUGUUUUAGAAGACUGACUGAACUCAACUCUUUUAGAAGACUGACUGAACUCAGCUCUCCUCAAAAAAAAGAUCCUUGUAACCAAAAUAUGUUUUCUUUGUUUCUGUUACUUUUCCUUUCUCUUCAUCCUACUCAUUCUAUUGUUGGUUUUCAGCACUCUUUUCAUUA